AUGUCCUCUGAAUCUAUUGUCAAGAACUCUCAAUGGAGAUUGGUUGAGGUUGGUCGUGUCGUCUUGAUCAAGAAGGGCCCUUCCGCCGGUAAGCUGGCCGCUAUUGUCGAAAUCAUUGACCAAAAAAGAGCUUUGAUUGACGGUCCAGAGACCAACGUUCCACGUCAGUCCGUGAACUUGGGCCACGUCGUGUUGACUCCUUUGACCUUCGCUUUGCCAAGAGGUGCCAAGACUGCCGUCGUCGCUAAGAAGUGGACUUCUGCUGGUGUUGCCGAGAAGUGGGCUGCUUCCUCUUGGGCUAAGAAGAUUGCUCAACGUGAGAGACGUGCUGCUUUGUCUGACUUCGAGAGAUUCCAAGUCAUGGUUUUGAGAAAGCAAAGAAGAUACGCUGUUAAGAAGGCUGUCGCUAAGGCUUAA